AUGGCGUCGAAGUCGAUUUCUCUUGCGAACUUUAUCAAGUCUUCACCGAGCCUCCUUAAGCUCGUUCAGCCUGUUGCGAACGCUUACGCGAACGCCGCCGGCUACCGCCAGAUGGGUCUCAAGUACGAGGAUUUGAUCGUUGAGGAGAACCAGCAGAUGCAGAAGGCUCUGUCACGUCUGUCUACUGCCGAGUCUUAUGACCGUGCUUACCGCUUCCGCCGUGCGGUGCAAUGCUCGAUUCUCCAGCGUGACCUGCCCCAAGAGCAAUGGACUAAGCCCGAGGAGGAUAACAACUACGUGACCCCGCUGUUAGAGGAAGUCCAGGCGGCGGAUGAUGAGCGCGCAGCCUGGGACACCAUGAAGGUCGUGAAGAAGUAG